AUGUCGAACCACAACUCGCGGGUGCUUAACCUUCUCGCAGAGCAUAUGGAAGAGGACGAUGAAACGUCGAAGUCCAUCCCAAAAUGGGUCGAGCUAGAAUACUCGCAUAUGAGGUCGUUUGCUGGCCCAGACGCGACCGUGCAGUUCACCCACUUGUCGCCAACAUCGUGCAACACGCUCACCUCUCUGUUCGCGCAAAACCCGGACCCGUCGAGGGCCCCUGCGCAUGCACACCAAAAAUCGGUUCUACAGCUGAUGGAGGAAAAGGGAGUUCCACUUGAAAAGGUCUGCCUGCUUGACCCAAGGGCGGAGAAGGAGCUUUCGCCAGAAGAUGGCGACGGACGAUUCGAGUGGUUCCUUUUCGGCGGGAUCUUAGGCGACGAUCCUCCUCGCGAUAGGACGGGCGAGCUCCGCGUACUAGGCUUUCCUGGCAGACAUCUUGGUCCGGUUCAGAUGACGACAGACACUGCGCUAGGUGUCACGAAGAUUGUGGUACAGGACAAGAAGCCGCUCUCAGAUAUCCCAUUCAUCGAAUUCCCUACCAUUGUGUUCAACGCAAAGGAAAGCGUGGAGAUGCCGUUCAAGUACAUAUCAGAUGGAAAGGACCCGAUCCUGCCUCCUGGGAUGCGCGAGCACCUUCGCGAAGACCUGAACCAAAGCUUCGAUUUUUGA